CCGCGGGGCAGCGGGGCCCCGGGUCGCCCGGCCGGCGGCGGUGCCGUGGUGCCGCCUCGCGCUCGGUGGCGAGCGAAACUUUUCCCCGUGGACCCCCGGCGCCCCGCCCGGGCCGCGGCGCGCGGGGAGCCCGGGGCGGGGGGGGGGAGGCCCGCGAGUCCCCCCGCCCCCCCGGCCGCCCGUCGGGGCGCGGCGGCGGGGCUGGGGCCCCGGGCGAUGGCCGCGGAGCUGGCGAUGGGCGCCGAGCUGCCCGGCAGCCCCCUGGCCAUCGAGUACGUGAACGACUUUGACCUGAUGAAGUUCGAGGUGAAGAAGGAGCCGCCCGAGGCCGAGCGCUUCUGCCACCGCCUGCCGCCCGGCUCCCUGUCCUCGACGCCGCUCAGCACGCCCUGCUCCUCCGUGCCCUCCUCGCCCAGCUUCUGCGCGCCCAGCCCGGGCGCCGGCGGCGGCGGCGGCGGCGGCGCGGGGGGCGGCGGCGGCGGCGGCGCGGCUCCGGCCGGGGGCGCCCCGGACCGCCGUCCGGGGGCCCCCGGCGCCGUCGGGGGGGCGCCCGGGGGGAAGCCGGCGCUGGAGGAUCUGUACUGGAUGAGCGGGUACCAGCACCCCCUCAACCCCGAGGCGCUCAACCUGACGCCCGAGGACGCGGUGGAGGCGCUCAUCGGCAGCGGGCACCACGCCGGGCACCACGGCGCGCACCACCCCGCGGCCGCCGCGGCCUACGAAGCCUUCCGGGGCCCGGGCUUCCCGGGCGGCGGCGGGGGCGGCGGCGGCGCGGACGACCUGGGCGCCGGGCACCCCCACGGCGCGCACCACCACCACCACCACCACCACCACCACGCGGCCGGCCACCACCACCACCACCCACCACGGGCACGGGCACGGCGGCGCGGGCCCCGGCACGGCGGCGCGGGGGGCGGCGGCGCGGGCCACCACGUGCGCCUGGAGGAGCGCUUCUCCGACGACCAGCUGGUGUCCAUGUCGGUGCGCGAGCUGAACCGGCAGCUCCGCGGCUUCAGCAAGGAGGAGGUGAUCCGGCUGAAGCAGAAGCGGCGCACGCUCAAGAACCGCGGCUACGCGCAGUCGUGCCGCUUCAAGCGGGUGCAGCAGCGGCACAUCCUGGAGAGCGAGAAGUGCCAGCUCCAGAGCCAGGUGGAGCAGCUGAAGCUGGAGCUGGGGCGCCUGGCCGAGGAGCGGGACCGCUACAAGGAGAAAUACGAGAAGCUGGCGGGCCGGGGCGGGCCCGGCUUCCCGCGGGAGGCCUCGCCGCCGCAGCCGGGCCCCGGCGCGCCCAAGGGCUCGGCCGACUUCUUCCUGUGAGCGCCCCGCCCUCCCCGCGCGCCCGGCCCUCCUCCACCCGCGGCGACCGCGG